AUGUCACGUGUGAUUGUUAAAAAUCUUCCAAAACAGGUUAAAGAAGCUCAAGUUCGUAAACAUUUUGAAGCAUUUGGUACAAUAACGGAUCUACAGUUAAAAUAUACAAAGGAUGGAAUAUUUCGACGUUUUGCUUUUGUUGGCUAUAUAAAUCCAGAUCAAGCGAAAACAGCUACUGAAAAACUGAAUAAAUCAUUUAUUGGAACAUCAAGAAUUAUUGUGGAAGAAUGUUGUGCACUAACUGAUGAACAUCGUCCAAAACCAUGGAGUAAAUAUUCAGAGAAAAAUAAAGUAACAGAAAAGACAUCAACAAUUACAAUCGAAAACAACAACAAGAAAAAUACAUCUACGACAAAUUCUGAAGGAAAGAAACAAUUGGUUGAUGCAAUUUUGGGUGAUUUAAAACAUGAUGAAAAAUUUAAGGAAUUUAUUAAAAAUGUUGACUCAAUGAAAAAAAAUGAAAAAAUAAUUUGGAACGAUACGAUGAAGGAAGAUGAGAAUAAUCAUCUAGAAAAGAAAGAUAAAAAGAAGAAAAAAGAAAAAGAUGCUGAGCAACAGCAGCCACUAGUGAAAGAAGAUGAAAAAGUGAUCGUCUCAUCAUCGAAAACCUUAAAUGCAACUGGUCCACGUUAUUUAAUUAAAAUUCGUGGUAUUCCUUACACGUGUAAAGAACGUGACAUCCGAGACUUUUUUUCACCAUUAACCAUUUUACGUUGUCAGUUAAUUCGUAACCGUCGAAAUAAUUCUCUAACGGGUAUAUGUUGGUUAGAAUUUUCCUCAGAAUCUGAUCAAAAACAAGCAAUGUUAAAAAAUAAAUCAGUGAUGGAAAUAGCAAAAAGUGGUGAACAUCGUUAUCUAGAGUUAAACGCAUUUAUUAAAAAUAAAGAACAACAACAGAACAAAGAAUUAUCUACGACAAAAAAGUAUAAAUCGUUUGAAGAAAAAUCCAUGGAAAAUGUAGAACCAAUUAGUGAAACAGGCGAAAUAUUUGUAAGAAAUUUGUCUUAUUUAUGUACGGAGGCAGAUUUAGAGCAAUUAUUUUCAAAAUAUGGUCAAAUUACGAAGAUUCAUAUGCCACUAGAUACAUUAACAAAGAAACCAAAAGGAUUUGCGAAUAUAACAUACUUGUUUCCUGAACAUGCGCUAAAAGCAUAUACAAAUGAAGAUGGACAAGUAUUUCAAGGAAGGUUGUUACACAUCCUACCAUGUAAGCAACAGAAACAAGAACAACAAAAUGAAUCAUCUUUAUCGUUUAAAACACAACGUGAUCAAGAGCAGAAAUCAUCAUCCACAUUGGAUUAUAAUUGGAAUACACUGUUCUUAAAUCCAAAUGUGAUUGCCGAUAUUGUUGCUCAACGUUAUCAAACAGAAAAAUCGAAUGUGUUGAAUAUUGGAGAUUCGAAAAAUUCCAAUAGGGACGAUAGUUUAGCUGUUCGUUUAGCUAUUGGUGAAACACAAAUAGUUCAAGACACAAGGCAAUUUUUACUUGAUAAUAACGUUCGACUAGAUGCAUUUAGUCAGGUCCAAGGCAAGAGAAGUUCACAAGUAAUAUUAGUAAAAAAUUUACCGUUAAAUACAAGUGAAUAUGAUUUGAAAAUCCUCUUUGAAAAAUAUGGUCAAGUGAAUAAAAUUAUCUUACCACCUUAUGGUUAUUGUGCUCUCGUUUGUUUUGAACAUCAACAAGAAGCAAGACAAGCAUUUAAACAAUUAGCAUACACAAAAUUUAAAGAUAAUAGACCAUUAUAUUUGGAAUGGGCACCUAUGAACGCUAUAGGAGUAACAAAACCAGCGAAAGAGGAACCAAUUGUUCAUAGUGAAGAUCAUAAUGCAAACACAACUACUAUAGAACAAAAAGAGGACGUCACGCUUAAGGAAGAAGAGGAAGAUGAUGAUGAAACGUUUAAUUUAUAUGUUAAAAAUCUUAAUUUUAAUACAACUGAACAAGAAUUAGUUCAACAUUUUUCAUCAAUCGGUCCAUGUAAAGUAUUCAUAGCAAAAAAAAAAGAUCUAAAACAACCUGGAACAUUUUUAUCAAUGGGCUAUGGUUUUGUUGAAUUUAAAUCAAAAACAUUUGUUGAUGAAGCAUUAAAACGUUUACAAAAUAGUGAAUUGAAUGGACAUAAUUUAGAAUUAAAACGAUCUGAACGAACAUUGAAACUAGCUUCAAAUGUGAAAACAAAACGAAAACGUCAAUUAGAAAAGAAACAACGAACAACAAAAAUUCUUAUUAGAAAUAUACCGUUUCAAGCAAAUGUCAGAGAAAUUCGAGAAUUAUUCACUGUAUUUGGUGAACUUAAAUUUGUUCGUUUACCAAAAAAAGUCAAUGGCACACAUCAUCGAGGAUUUGGUUUUGCCGAUUUUGUUAGUAAAAAUGAUGCAAAGAAUGCAUUCGAUGCUUUAUGUCAUAGUACUCAUUUGUAUGGUAGAAGACUUGUUUUGGAAUGGGCCGAUGAAGAAAGUGAAACGAUUGAAGGUUUAAGACGAAAAACGGCGGCAGAAUUUGAUGGUAAUGGCACAACUGGGAAACGUUUUAAACGAUCGAAAAUUCUUAGUGGACUUCGUGAACUUGCUGCUAAAGGUGUUGGUAGUGCAGAAGGAGAACAGAGCUCAGAAAAUGUGAAUCCAAUGGAUGAUGGAGAGGAGGAUGAAAACUGA